UCCCAGCAAGGUCGCCAAUUUCAUCCUCUUUUCACUAUUCAUAGGUGAUCUACAUGGUCACCGAAAACUUUGUCUCGAGAGAGGGUCCUGGACAACCAGCCAAUGGAUGGCGGUCGUUCCCUUGUCCGAUCGAUGGUGGAUCCACUGAUUUCACCACCCUCGAACAAUCAAUCGAAAUGCUUCGGCUUCGCUUUCGUAUUUCCUCAUUCUCUUCAUCAUCAUCUUCAUCCAUAACCAAUGUCCUCCUCCUCCACCAUCCUCGGUGAAAAAGAGCAGGAAUGUGUAAAAUUAGGAAGAGACUGUGAUGAUUCACGAGCGCACAGAGAAAGACAAUAUAGAACGGGAUUUUCUUGAGGGGAUGGCUAGAAUCGGUCACGGAACAGGGUUCCAAUCACUUGCCUAAUCAAGUGGAAUCCGGGCCUUUCUCUCUCGCAAACACUUUUGCAGUCAACGGUGGAGAGAGAGAGAGAGAGAGGCUUGGGAUGAGAUCGAUGGAUUUGUCGGGGGAAGACGGGACGACGGCGGUAGGCUUCAUCCGUCCAAUCGGAGUUGGUCCCACUGCCAAAUAAAAACAAUACCGAGUGGAGCUACAUUGUGCUCGUGUCGACACUGCCUGAGUUGAAUGUUCGACAACGACACGCGCGAGUCCAGGCAUCGCCUCGGCUCAUAAAUUGGUGAGAUUCGUGCGGAACGAGCAGACUUCAGUUUGAGAAAUGACCGGCGACGGCAGAACCUCCUGAAAACAUGGAGAGUUGGCGGCGCGCUGGUCUCUCCCUCGUCCGCUCCGAAAGCGCGGUUCCUCGGAUCAGAGCACGACACCCCUCUCAGUAUCGCUCGCGCUUGUCUUUUCCGAGAAGGGACAGAGCAACGAGGCUCGCUCGCACGCCUCUUCGCUGAAGACAAAACGUCGACCUCACUCUCCCCUCCUACAUUUCAUCGCCCACCCGCUAUUCCACUUCUCAAAUUCGUGCUCGCGUCGCGUUUCGGAGCCGUUCUUCCAAAUGGGUCUCGCUCACUGGCUGCUGCUCCUAUCACUCUCCCUCCUCCGCGUCUGUGGGUCGUGCGCUGGGGAGCUCAAAUCCGAGCCCGAGCUCAGGUCUUUGACCCGAGACUUGCUGGAAUCGGCCAAGGACCCGGAGUUCUUCCGGUGGAUGCGGGACAUCAGGAGGAGGAUCCACGAGCACCCGGAGCUCGGGUUCGAAGAGCACCGGACGAGUCAACUCAUUAGGGACGAGCUAGACUCGCUUGGGAUCCAGUAUAAGUGGCCCGUCGCCAAGACUGGCGUCGUCGCUUUCAUGGGGUCCGGAGAGAAGCCGGUGUUCGCUCUCAGAGCCGACAUGGAUGCUCUACCAUUGCAGGAACUAGUGGAGUGGGAGCACAAAAGCAAGAUUGACGGGAAAAUGCAUGCCUGUGGCCACGAUACCCAUGUAGCUAUGCUCCUCGGAGCAGCCAAAUUGCUCAAAGAGAGGGAAAAUCAGAUCAAGGGAACGAUAAAGCUUGUAUUCCAGCCUGGGGAAGAAGGUCACUCUGGUGCAUAUUAUAUGUUGCAAGAUGGAGUUCUCGAUGACCUUGAUGGCAUCCUCAGCAUCCAUGUUUUGCCUAAUGUACCGACGGGGUUCAUUGCUUCCAGUCCUGGCCCAAUUCUUGCAGGUUCUGGGGUCUUUUCGGCUACUAUUCAGGGGAAAGGGGGGCACGCAGCACUUCCACAUCAUAAUAUAGAUCCCAUUGUUGCAGCUUCAUCUGCAAUCCUCGGUCUCCAGCAAAUUGUAUCUCGAGAGACCGAUCCUCUUGAGGCACAGGUGGUGACUGUCGGGUACAUCAAAGGAGGCCACACCGCUAAUGUGAUUCCUGAGUCUGUCAAAUUUGGAGGAACUUUUAGAAGUUUGAGUUCCAAUGGUCUCUUAUUCCUUCAGAAGAGGAUAAAAGAGGUUGUAGAAAUGCAAGCGGCUGUUCAGAGAUGUACAGCUGUGGUGGAUUUUGGAGAGGAUAAAGUGCCUCUUCACCCUGUAAUGGUUAAUGACAAAGUUCUAUAUGAGCACGUGAAAAGGGUUGGAGAGAUCCUGCUUGGAGAUGGCAAAGUGCAGCUUAUGCCAGUGACAAUGGGAGCUGAGGACUUCAGCUUCUUCGCCGACAAGACUGCUUCUUUGAUUUUUGUGGUGGGGAUACAGAACGAGACUCUGAAAUCGCAUCACGUGCUGCACUCGCCCUACUUCUUUGUCGAUGAGGAGGCUUUCCCAAUCGGAGCGGCUCUUCAUGCAGCUGUUGCAAUAUCAUACCUGGAUGAGCACGCAGAUGCAGAUAGUGCCUGUCCUAACUACGGUUACCCUCAAUUCUCAACUGUGUAAGAUAGUUUUAGAAAUGGUUAUCCUUAACAACUCUGGCCAAUCUAUCUGACCAGAUAGUCCUCGAUUCGCUAGCCAGUUUAUGGGUUAUGUUUAACUAUGUUGGAUCUUGAUCUCCCAAUCGCCUUGAAUUAACAGAUAUAUAUUAAGAAGCAGUAGAGUAUUGCAUUCACGAAAA